ACCAGAGAAGAAGAUAAAAGAAACAAACAUGGCGUCCAGUGCGGCGACCCGGACAGUCUCUGUUGCUGCUAAAGUUGUCAAACCGAUUUUCAGCAGGGAUCUGGAUGAAGCCAAGCGCCGAGUUCGCGAACUGUAUCGUGCCUGGUACAGAGAGGUUCCAAACACAGUGACUACCUUUCAGCUGGACAUCACAGCUCGCCAGGGAACAGACAAAGUGAGGGAGAUGUUUGACAGGAACAAGCACGUCAAUGACCCCCGUGUGAUUGACAUGCUUGUCAUUAAGGGUAAGAUGGAGCUGCAGGAGACCAUCAAUGUCUGGAAGCAGAAGACCCACAUUAUGCGCUAUUUCCAUGAGACAGAGGUACCACGCCCUGCAGACUUUCUGUCCAGAUUUUAUGUUGGACAUGACAAUUGAACUGCUCCCUGUACUUUCCACCCUGUUUUGUCCAGUGUAACAGAGGCUUUCCCUUAUUUAACUGUAAAUAUACACAUGAUACCCAAUCUUGUCAAGUCCUCAUUGUACAAAUGUUUUGAUUUUGUGAAAACAGUAAUGAGACAGUUACUUCCCACUUGAAGUUGGAAGGCUCUCCUUGUGCACUGCAUAGCUAUUCCUCUGCGUUGCCACAGUAGAGGUACUUUCAUGUGAUACAGAAGUGUUUGUGCAAACUAGCCCUUAUCAUCACUAAGUUCAGAAGAUGGAUGCUGAGACCAAGGGAUAUCAGUAUGGUUGUCAUGGACCCUGUGUUUACCCUGUACUCACUCCAAUUCAAUAAGCCAGUUGAUAAGCCUCCGAAUAGUUUAAAUAGUCAUGAAUGACAUGCCAUUGACAGACAUUACAUAUAGGUCGACUUUAUUAGAUCAGUUCAUCAAAAACAAAUGCAACAGGUUGGAAUAAAAAGCACCAAGGGUUCUUGAUAACCUAUAUCAGAAACCAGAUAAAUAAGGACACCUAUGCAGGCCUGUCACCUGUUUAAGGUCUUCCGAAAUAAAUCAAUAUCCCCAGAAUGAUUGAAAGCAGAACAAAUAUUUCCAUCAAUGUAGAAGAUAUCACUGGCUAAAUCAAAAGCAACUGAUCCAAGGGUUUCCUUCUGCACACUGAUCUAUUUUAUUUAGUAAGACUUAUCUGUGCAUGUAUUAUAACUAGGGAGGAAUUAGUCCCACCACUUCUCUAAAACAGCUCUGUAUCCAGGCAGGCACACAUCACAAUGGAUGGGGAGAGAAGCACCAGCAAUGCUUUGAGUUUGAGAUCCUCAAGUCUUUUCAGCUGUCACACGUCAUGAGAGGUGACACAUUACGCUUUGUUGAGGGAGAACACAGUAAUAGGCCUCAUCUUCCGCGAGGUCAAAUGUCAUCUUUAUUGCUUAAAUGUUAAGAGAUCAAUCGUCUGAAGUUGAUUUUAUUGAUCAUUAUACACACAACAUACCCAGGUCAUAUGUUGGAGCAUACAGACCCUUCAGUCAUCAUCGUCAUCAUCCUCAGGGAUGAAGAUGUCAUGCUCUUCCAGCAGCACAGCAAAGUUAUUGCUGAUCAGAGUUCCGACAUACAGGAAGGGGAUCACAACCACAGCAAUCCGGAAAAGGCCAAAUGAGGUCUGGACAAUUGUCAACAAUUCCAUCACCAUAACAUAUCUAUGUUAGCCUGCAAUGCUGUGUGAUUUUAUAGACAAUGACAACCAGGAUAAAAUAAAAAAUGUAUGUCAUAAAUAAUA